AUGAACGGUGAAGCAACACUAAGAGACGGAACCCCGGUUGCUGCAGACCGAACAUAUAAAACCUGCACAGUACAGGAUCUGCUGUCCUUGGAGGGAAACACUACCGUGAUAACAGGCGGCGGCCGUGGUAUCGGUCUUGCGCUCGCAUUCGCGGUAGCGCAAGCAGGAAGCAAUGUCGCGGUUAUAGACGCAUUGCUUGAACCGCACGAGGACUUCGCGGAACUGAAGAAUUUUGGCAUUAAGGCCAAAUACUACAAAGUAGACGUGACGGAACAUGCGCAGAUUAUCGGCGUGUUUCGCGCGAUAGCAGAUGAAUUUAGUGGAAUUGAUGGCUGCAUCACUGCCGCGGGAAUUGUACUCGAUAAACCGUUCCUCGAACACGGAUGGGAUGAGACGAUGAAAGUGCAGAUGGUCAAUCAAAUGGGGACAUUUUUCUGUGCGCAAGAAGCUGCAAAACACAUGAAGUCUCGCGGAAAAGGAAGUAUCAUCAUGAUCUCCUCCAUCGCAGCCACCAUGGCCAUCCCAGCGCAAACAAUGCCCGCAUACGGCGCGUCGAAAGCGUUUGUGAAAAGUCUCAGCGUGCAUUUGGGAGUAGAAUUGGGUCCGUUUAAUAUCCGUGUCAAUAGUAUCUCACCCGGUUAUAUUCGCACGGAUAUGACGGCCAAGGUAGGAUUGCAAUCGCCGCGACUGCUGGAGCUGUUUACAGAUGCUCCGCCGAUGAAGAAGAUGGGCGAAAGAACGGAUCUUAUGGGUGCAGCAGUGUAUUUGUUGAGUGAAGCUUCAGCGUACACAACCGCUUCUGAUAUGAUGAUCACGGGUGGAUUGCAUGCUGGACGAUUCGACUGA